GGCAGGAAUCCAUCAUUGUCCUCAGGGUGGGGAGUGAAGGGCCUGGAAGACUGGAAAAUGGACAGAGGGAAAGUCAAGUCCUGCUCGCAGCCUCCAGCCCGGCUCCCGACUCCUUGGACGGCAGGACGGGGUCCUGUCCAGCCCAUCUCCUCUGGCCCAACGGCGGGGCGCCACGAUGACAGUCACAUACACCAACCGCGUGGCCAACGCGCGCUUCGGCGGCUUCUCGCAGCUGCUGCUGCUCUGGCGCGGGAGCAUCUACAAACUUCUGUGGCGCGAGCUACUCUUUUUCCUCGGGCUGUACAUGGCGCUGAGUGCCGCCUAUCGCUUCAUGCUGACCGAAGGACAGAAGCGCUACUUUGAGAAGCUCGUCAUUUACUGUGACCAGUACGCCAGCCUCAUACCCGUCUCUUUUGUGCUCGGCUUCUACGUAACCCUGGUGGUGCACCGCUGGUGGAACCAGUACCUAUGCAUGCCCCUGCCCGAUGCGCUCAUGUGCGUGGUGGCGGGCACGGUGCACGGGCGCGACGAGCGCGGCCGCCUCUACCGGCGUACGCUCAUGCGCUACGCAGGGCUCUCGGCUGUGCUCAUCCUGCGCUCCGUCAGCACCGCGGUCUUCAAGCGCUUCCCUACCAUAGACCACGUGGUGGAGGCCGGGUUUAUGACCCGAGAGGAGCGCAAGAAAUUCGAGAACCUUAACUCGUCCUACAACAAGUAUUGGGUGCCCUGCGUCUGGUUCUCCAACUUGGCAGCACAGGCCCGGCGUGAGGGCCGCAUCCGCGACAACAGCGCCCUUAAACUGCUGCUGGAGGAGCUGACUGUGUUUCGGGGCAAGUGCGGAAUGCUCUUUCACUACGACUGGAUCAGCGUACCCCUUGUCUACACCCAGGUGGUGACCAUCGCGGUGUACAGCUACUUCCUGGCCUGCCUCAUUGGUCGCCAGUUCCUGGACCCGGCGCAGGGCUACAAGGACCACAACCUGGAUCUGUUCGUGCCCAUCUUCACCCUGCUGCAAUUCUUCUUCUACGCCGGCUGGCUCAAGGUAGCCGAGCAGCUCAUCAACCCUUUCGGAGAGGACGACGAUGACUUUGAGACCAACUUUCUGAUAGACCGAAACUUCCAGGUGUCAAUGCUGGCCGUGGAUGAGAUGUACGACGACCUGGCCAUGCUGGAGAAGGACCUGUACUGGGACGCAGCCGAGGCUCGCGCCCCUUACACGGCGGCCACAGCUUUCCAGAUGCAGCAGCCCUCCUUCCAGGGCUCAACGUUCGACAUCACGUUGGCCAAGGAGGACAUGCAGUUCCAGAGGCUGGACGGCUUGGACGGGCCGCUGGGCGAAGCGCAUGGCGAUUUCCUACAGCGCCUCCUACCUGUGAGCGCGGGCAUGGCCGCAGGGGGCCUGCUGGGCCGGCGGCUGUCCCUGCUGCGCCGCAAGAACAGCAGCGUGUCGGAGACGUCCACGGCCGUCAGCUGCGCGUGCGCGUGCGCCCCCGACGGCGCGAUCCCGGAGUGCGGCUGCGGGGACCCGCUGCUCGACUCCGGCCUGCGAGAGUCGGAACUCGAAUACCGCGCCGGCCCUGAGCUGCCCGCCCCCGAGCCCUUCACUAUCGUGCCGGUGCCCGCGCUCCGGGGGCCGGCUCCACCCUGGCUGCCCAGCCCCAUCGGCGAGGAGGAAGAAAGUCUAGCCUGAGAUCUUCGGGCCCGGGAUCCCCAGGGACGGGGAACCAAGUCUCCCGCAGCACGCACGCAGCGGUCUGGGUCGCGUCAGCCGAGUAUGGAUUCCACCUGCCCUGGAUUGACCGCAUCCUGCUAGCGGCCCUGCCUUCAUGUGGGCACAGGGGUUUGGAGCGCCACCUGGGACCGGCACUAGGCUAAGGGCGGAGGACUCCUAUGGCUUUUUUGAACCAGUCCUUAUCACCAGCUCUACUUCCAUACCCCUUACUGCCUCAGAGGCCUCUAUCAGGAUGCCUGCCUUUACUCUUUUCUUAAAAAAUGGAGAUGUGAGUGCCUAUCUCACCAGGCUGAGAGGUUGAAAUGAGGGUUUUAAAAUCUUUGGUACAUACAGGUGCCCAAUAAAAUCUUAGUGGCUUUUGCCUAAUUGAUCAACCCAAGUCUUCCCGCCAGGCAUUAUGCCAAGUAAAAAUUGAAGAUUCUUCCAGAUUAUUUGAUGAGGCUCUGCCUGCUUCUUCCCGGACUCUGCUCUCUGGAAUGCUCCAUCAGUGUCCAUGGCUUUGCUUUCAUUAUGGUACCAGCCACAGCCACUGAGCCACAGCUUCCUCCUGCCAGCCUUGCUGUGUGAGUCUGCAAGUGACCCAUCCACCCCAAGUUUGUGUUCUCAGAUGCUCCUUCAGUGCUCCAGGUCUUAAUUCAGUCACAUGCUAAUGAUUCCUGAAUUUAGAAAUCCAACCAGGAUCCCCUCCCUGAUUAUAGACCCAGAGAGCCAACUGCCUGCUUGCCAUCUCCAUGUGGGGAUCUGAACAUAAUGUGCCCCCAAGCCAGCUCCCUAUCUGCUACCCAAACUGCGGCCCAAACUUGAGUCAUCUUCCACUCGUCUCUCACUCACUCCACAUCAACCCAUCAGCAAAUCCCAUCAGCUCAGGCUUCACAUUGUAUCCAGAAUCCAAUCAUUUCCCAUUCUACCAAGGACCCCACCAAGGCCAAAGCCCCCAUAUGUCACCCACCCACCCACCUUGGACUAAUGACCUCUGCUCUGGUCUCCCAGCUCUGGUCCUUACCCGCCAGUCUGUUCCUACAGCAGCCAAAAGGAGCCUAUGAACAUCUGUCAGGUAAUGCCUCUCUUUUGGUGAGAAUCCUGAAUGAUUCCCAUCUCACUUUGAAUAAAAGCUAAAAUACUCCCCACAAAAGCUAAAGUAACCUGCAAAGCCCUACCCUGGCUUCCUCCCACUCUUCUCUUCCCCACACAGGCUCCUUGUUGUUCCUCUAACUCAUCACGUCUCACCUCAGGGGUUUUGCACAUGCUGUUCCCUCUGCCUGGAUGGCUCUUCCUUCAGAUAUCUUCUACAAAGCCCCUCCCUCACCUCUUCCAGGUCUUUGCUUAAAUGAUGUUACUUCCUUGGUGAGGCCUCCUUUCCUCUUUCAUUACAAAUCACCACCUCCUAAAUCCACUUCCUGCGUCCCCAUAAUUUUUGUCUGCUUUAAUUUCCUCUGUAGCACUGCUCACAUUAAACUUUUGUUUUAUCCGUUUUGUU